CGGGAAAAGCGUUGAGGACUUUUUUCGUUAUUCACAAAACGAACUGCUCUUCCACUGCGCACUUUCCUUCCCAAAAUCUCUUCGGCAAUCUCGCAAUCGAGUUGAUCAGCUCACGAACCGCGAAAAUGGCUUUCGAAUCAGUCUCCAUCUCGCUGCCGCAGGCUUCCCUCUUUCAGUUCCCUCCCAAUCCCAAUUCGGGAUUUGUACCACCACCACCCGUUGGCAGCACAUCCUUCGCCCCGCCGGUUCACAUCCCGGAUCACAUUUACAACGCCGUCCUUGACCCCAAGGUGCCCAUCACAAUCGCCGCCGUUUAUGCCGUGACAGCCAAGGCUCUCAACGCCUACAACAAGUCCACCGGCAAGAAGCCCUGGGCUAUCAGCAAGACCCUGGCUUUCCGCUGGUUCGUCAUUGCUCACAAUGUCUUCCUCGCUGUUUACUCGGCCUGGACAUGGUGGGGGAUGAUGGGCACCAUGAAACGCAGCGUGGUCAGCCCACUCGGGCCCGAAGGAGUCUCUGGCUUCGUCGAUUCCAUGUGCCGGGUCAACGGUCCCGCCGGUCUGGGCAAUGCUGCCUUCUUCAACGAUGACACCAACUCGUGGCAGACGUUCUCUCCCGAGCCCGUGCUGGAUGGCGAGGGCGUCCCUAGCCGGUUCGCCGCCGGGCGCAUGUGGAACGAGGGACUUGCCUUCUACGGCUGGCUCUUCUACCUCAGCAAGUUCUACGAGGUCGUCGACACACUCAUCAUCCUCGCCAAGGGCAAGUACAGCUCGACCCUGCAGACCUACCACCACGCCGGUGCCAUGAUGUGCAUGUGGGCUGGCAUGCACUACAUGUCGGUGCCCAUCUGGAUCUUCGUCUUCUUCAACUCGUUCAUCCACGCCCUUAUGUACACCUACUACACCGUGACUGCUUUCAACGUCCGCGUGCCUGUAUUCAUCAAGCGCACCUUGACGUCGAUGCAGAUCACUCAGUUCCUGGUCGGUGCCUCGUGCGCCAUGGUGCACUCUUUCAUUAACUACAGCAUUCCCGUCAUCUCUGGCUCCCAGACUGACGUCCCCGCUUCUGCCGCCUCCGCCGCCGCCAACGGUUCCGUGGUUGCCGCCACCGGUGACGUGGUCGACAGCGUCAAGGGCACUUAUGCGCGCCAAUCCAUGCCCUGCAUCACCUCGAGCGGCGAGACCUUCGCCGUCUGGCUCAACGUCUUCUACCUCGCCCCGUUGACCUACCUCUUCGUCUCCUUUUUCGUCGAGAGCUAUCUCCGCCGCAGCAACGCCAACCAGUCCCAGAGCCGGGGUGCUAAUGCCGGCGUCGCCGCUCGCCGCCUGAGCAACAAUGUCCAGCUCGCCGAGAAAGCCGGCUGGGAGGCCGCCAAGAAUGUCGAGCGCGAGGUGUACGGCGAGAGCAACGAGGAGGCCAUUGUGUCCGAGACCAAGAAGACCAGCGGCCGGGUGCUGCGGAGCCGGAACUAAAGGAGUUGGGUCGACGGUUAUGACGACGGCCAACAAACCAGCAAAUCUUCCACCAGGGGUGGAGGGUUGUACUAUUCAUAAACUCGCCAAACUACGAUACGGCGAGUAACGGAGAUAAUGCAAAGGGAAGCAAAUCUGGUGUUCCCGGUCGGCACAACGAGCACACGGAAAACGGAAAAAGGGAAAUGCCGGCCUGAUUUACGAGCCAUGAUGAUACAAGUCCACGCGAUGGAGUGGUACACAGGUACACACCUGUGACUGCUCGUAGUAGAGGGAUGGGAUGGCGUCAUGUUGGCAGAGAGGGGCCUCACGUGAGGAUCAAACGUGACAUGGGGCGGGAGAGAUUAAAAAAGUUCAUUAGCAUCUGAUUUAUGGUUACGAAUGAAGAUGCAUGGGGGAGUACAGCGUCGGGCGCAGGUGGGGGGUGCAUUGCAUUGUUACAUUAUCUUUCUUGUUAUUUAGGAACGGGGACUGGGGAAAAUGGAAAA